AUGGCUGGUAACAUAGGAUCUCUUUCGCAACUUCUUGAAGCAAGCUUGGAGCCAGGACAGCACAAACAAGCUGAGGCUACCCUUCGGCAGGAGGAGGGGAAGCCUGGCUUUUCCAUCCUUCUGCUUCAGCUCACUGCUACCGAUUCCAUUCCCUAUAAUACCCGUUUAGCGAGCGCACUAUGCUUCAAGAAUUUUAUCAAGCGCAAUUGGACCGAUGAGGAUGGCAAUUAUAAGCUUCCGCUCGACGAAGUAGCCACAAUCAAGCAGGAACUGAUCGCUUUGAUGAUCUCUGUGCCUGCGGGCAUCCAGCCUCAAUUGGGCGAAGCCGUGAGCGUAAUAGCUGAUAGUGACUUCUGGGAAAGAUGGGACACUCUUGUGGAUGAUCUUGUUUCGAAAUUUUCGCCUGAUAAUCCUAUUGUGAAUAUUGGUGUCUUACAGGUGGCCCACUCUAUAUUCAAAAGAUGGAGACCUCUAAUCCGGUCGGAUGACUUGUAUAUUGAGAUCAACCAUGUUUUGGGGAAAUUUGGGAAUCCCUACCUCUCUCUUUUUGAGGGGUUCACACAACUCAAUUUGAUGAUAAAGUUGCUAUACGAUCUAUCUUCGCAUGAUUUACCGCCAAUGUUUGAGGAUCAUCUUUCGGCACUUGCCACACUCCUGCUCAAGUACUUGGUAUACGACAAUACGCUACUCCAUACGGAUGAUGAGUCAGAGUCAGGGCAAUUGGAGUUUGUAAAAGCUGGCAUCUUCGAGGUUUUGAUGCUCUAUGUACAAAAGUAUAUCGAUGUGUUUGGAAGUCAUGUUCAACAGUUUAUCGGGAGCUCCUGGAACCUUCUCACGACGAUUGGACAAGACACAAAAUAUGACAUAUUAGUUUCUCGAGCUCUCCAGUUUUUGACUUCUGUUGCGAGAUUUCCAGAACACGCUGUCGCCUUCCAAGAUGAGAGUACCCUGAGCCAAGUCACCGAAAAGGUCAUCCUUCCCAAUAUCAGCCUGCGCGACUCUGAUAUUGAGAUGUUUGAAGACGAGCCUAUUGAAUUCAUCCGCAGAGAUCUAGAAGGCUCAGAUAGUGAUACAAGGAGGCGAGCUACUACUGAUUUCCUGAGGCAACUCCUUGAAAAAUUCGAACAAUCUGUCACAAAAGUUGUGACCCAGUAUGCUGAUCAUUACCUGGCGGAAUACAACAAAAACCCGUCAGAACAUUGGAAAGCGAAGGAUACUGCAGUCUACUUAUUUUCAGCUAUCGCAGCGAAAGGUGUUGCAACCGCCAGCCACGGCGUCACAAGCACCAACAACCUGGUUGAUAUAACGCAUUUCUUUCAAAAGUAUUUAGCUACUGACCUAGUUACCGAAAGUGGCGUACAGCCAAUUCUUAAAGUGGAUGCCAUCAAAUUCUUAUAUGCAUUCCGCAGUCUGAUAACGAAAGAUCAGUGGCAUGAAGUCUUACCUCUGCUUGUAAAACAUCUUGGUGCGUCGGAGUACGUGGUGUACACCUAUGCCGCGGUAGCAGUGGAAAGAAUUUUAUUCCUUACGAACAGCAAUGGUCAACCUGUCAUCCCACCUAAUUCGAUUACUCCCUUGGCUGGUGACCUGUUAGAGCAUAUUUUCCGAUUAAUCGAGAAGGACCCAGCGGCACCUAAAGUACAAGAGAAUGAAUUCCUGAUGAGAUGUGUUAUGAGGGUGCUCAUCGUUAUUAAGGAAGCUGCCAUCCCGCUCUCGGACGGAAUCUUGCGACACUUCAUCACCAUCACUCAAAUAAUGAGCACGAACCCAAGCAAUCCGAGGUUUUAUUAUUACCAUUUCGAGGCUCUAGGUGCCUUGAUUAGAUUCGCGGCGUCGGCACAGCCAGCGAAAUUCGAAGAGGCAUUAUACCCUCCAUUCGUCGCUAUCUUACAGAACGACGUGCAAGAGUUUUGUCCCUAUAUAUUCCAGCUACUUGCGGCGCUUCUCGAAGCCAACCCAUCUGGGACGCUCCCUGAGUAUUAUCAAAAUCUAAUCGCUCCAAUACUCAUGCCAACCAUGUGGGAGUUGAAAGGGAAUGCCCCAGCCCUUGUUCGCUUGCUAUCAUCCAUUAUCCACAGAGCAGCGGACUGGAUUACGAAAAACAAUCAAAUCGAGCCCGUUCUUGGUAUUUUCCAGAAACUCGUCUCCUCAAAAACGAAUGAAAGCUAUGGUUUUGAUCUUCUUGAAAGUGUCAUUGCUAAUUUUCCUUCAACACUUCUGGAGAAAUAUUUUGUUUCCAUCAUCCAAAUCAUCCUCACACGCCUUCAAAACUCCAAGACAGAAAACUUCGCUCUCCGCUUUGUUCGAUUCUACCACUUUAUUUCGGCCAAUGAUGCCAGAGGCUACAACGCCGAUUUUUUUAUCCAAUUAACGGAAAACAUACAAUCAGGCGUUUUCACCCCGAUUUACCUCAACAUAAUCCUUCCUGACACUCAAAAACUCGCCCGCCCUCUCGACCGGAAAACUGCCCUAAUAUCCUAUACGAAAACACUUGCGAACUCUGAAGCUUUCGCAUCCCGCUAUAAGAAGGGAUGGGCGUUCACCUGUGAAGCACUACUGGGGAUCCUCAGCCAGGCGCCCCUGCCAGCCACUAAGGACGACAUCAUUGCCGAAAAUGACGUUGAGGAUAUGGCGUUUGGAGUUGGAUUUACGAAGCUAAAUACCAUCCGGCCGACGACUAAGGAUCCGUGGCCAGAAAUCGUUGGGCCGCAGUACGGUGGGUGGGUUGGGUCAUAUCUGAAAGAGGCAGAUAAGAAGCAUGGAGGGAGGAUUUCCAACUUUGUGCAGGAGAGAUUGAGUCCUCAGGCAAAGGCGGGGAUUGCGGCAUAUCUUAAUGGGUGA